AUGCCUGUCGUGGGGAAGUGCCCUGUCGUGGAGGAAGUGCCUGUCGUGGAGAGUGCCUGUCGCUGGAGGAGGUGCCGGCUGUCGUGGAGGAGGCCUGUCGUGAGGGUGCCUGUCGUGGAGGAGUACCUGCGUGGAGAAGUACCUGUCGUGGAGGAAGUACCUGUCGUGGAGGAAGUACCUGUCGUGGAGGAAGUACCUGUCGUGGAGGAAGUACCUGUCGUGGAGGAAGUGGACAACAAGGCUGUGGGGCGUAGAAAGGAUCUGAAAUGGCAGGGCCUGCCUUUCUUAACAGGAAUUUCUCCUUCUGGUCUCCUUACUGGCAACCUUAAGCUGCUAGAAAUCUCAGACCAGGAACUUAUCACGGUGAAUGGCAGGUCCUACCCCCAUGCCAAGAUACAACUGGGCAUGAUGGGAGCCAUGCACCCAGCCAACCUUCUUGCUGCUUACCUCACGGGCAAGUUACGAAGGCCUGCCUGUCUAAAGCGGUCUAUGGUGGCCUCCUCCUCCGUCCCAUCACAAAAACACCCCUCAGAAACUCCUAAAGGUGCCACAGAUACAAAGUCCUCUACAGGACAACCGGCCCAACUGGCAGCCAUUUCUACCACCAUGGUUACCACAAGUGUUCCCUCUACCACUCCAGUUGCUUCUGGCCCCAAGUUAAUUGUGGUAGUGAACCCAGGUGCCAGUCUCUCUCAGGGGGCUCAGAUGGCGCAGAACACCGUGACUGCUGCUGUGCGGAUUCAGAUUGUCACCGUGGUCUACCCAACCAAAACACCUAAUGGGAGGGGUGGCGCCGCAGCCCUGGUAUCUGCAGCGUCUGUUAGCUCCAAUGCCCCCUCAGCACCAAGACAUUCCACAGACCCCACUGUCGCGCCGGGUCAGAGAAUGGUGCUGCAGUCGGUAAGGAACACCUCAGGGAACACCCUAUACCGGAACCCCAACGGACAGCUGUUCCACCUGGUUGCCCUCAGCCAGCUGCAGGCCCUUAACCCCAACCUUGUCAUGCACAACAUGGGUGGGAUGAUCAGUUUAACCAUGCCUGCGUGCUUGACCACCACGAACAGCUCCACCUCCUCUCUCACCACAUGGCAGAGCAAGGGCCCUGGUAGCUGUGCUUCCACCGUCAGUACUGUCCCCCUUGUCACUUUCCCAAAGACCCAAACUGCAUCCAGCACCACUAUCACCGCCACUAAAACCACCCCAUGUUACGUUAGUCUCUCACCCACUGUGACAAAUGGCGGGACAUACACCUUGGAGAUUGUUCCUCAGACAGGCAACAAGGAGCCCAUCAUCAAGUGUCUGACGGUGCCAGCUCAGGGCUUCUCUAAGGUGAUGCCUGUAGUAGGGGGUGUUACUGUGCUGCAGCCUCACCCGGAAACCACAGUAAUUACUGUCAAAUCCCCAACAAAGAUGGUUACGAACACAGGUGUCAAAGCUGACAAUAUCUCCACAGUGACCUCCAAUGUAGACUCUAAUGUAGUCUCUGAGGUGUAUAGUUGGAUGCGGCCUUGCCAGAAAACCAAAACGCCUCCUAAAUCCACAAAACCCCCUAAAGGACCCCAGUUUAAAUUUAUAAAAGCUGAUGCUAUCUCCCCAGUGGACUGCAAUUUAGACCCUAAUAUCCAGCCUGAGGUGUUUAGAGUGCUGCAGCCUCCCCCUCAACCCCUCAACCCCCCUAUAACCCAGGUCACAAAGACAGGCAUCAAAGAUAACACCAUCUCCACAGCAGACUCCAAUCUCCUUACUAAGAUGGUUCAUGUUGAUGACCCCUACCAGACAUGGACAGGAAGACCGAAGAGGAAGGAGGUGGAGGACCUGGUGGAGGAUGAGUACCAUUUGGAUGAGAAGAUGGACAACUCAUCUGACGAGACAGAUUCUGACGAUUCAAGUGUUAAUAAAGAGGAGCUCAUCGACGUCAUCAGUAAGCAGCUGAAGCACAACGUGGAGGAGAGGCAUCGCCGUUUUGAGCUCCAUGGGUGCUUCCAGCGGCUGAGAGAGACACUGAAACUUGCCCAAAAAGCUGCGAAAGUGUAUAUCCUUAAAGAAGCAACGGAGGAGAUCCAAAUCCUGACUAAGAAAAGUACCGACGUGGAGAAGCUAAGGAGUUCACUGACCCUGGAGAGAGCAGCUUAUGUCAAGAAGAUGUCCCAGUUAACUGGAGAGUCUGAGAAGCAGAUCCUGAGGAACAUCCAGUAUGUUUGUUCCCAGCAGAAGAGUGAGGAGCUACUCGUCAACAGGAAUAUGCAAGGAGUUCCCAAAGUCUCCUCUGCUGUCUCGUCCUCUUCAGCUGUCUUGACCUGCAGUGAGGCCAGGUCGAGACCAAGACCAAGGCACAUGGGAGGAGUGACAGCAGAAAAGGAGAAGGAGGACAGGGAGGAGGUGAUGGAGGUGGUAGACCUUCUGGAGGACACGGAGGAGGACAGGGAAGCGGUGAUGGAGGUGGUGGACCUUUUGGAGGACACGGAGGAGGAGAAAACGGACAACUCCUCGGAUGAGACAGAGGAUUCUGCCAAUGAUGACGACAACAACGUUGAAGGGGACGUCAUUAACAUCAGUGAUGUUGAAGAAAGUGCGGUAGAGGAGGAGGCUGUAGACAUUGAGAGUGUGGAAGACAAUGCACAGAAGAGCACCACUUCACAACUGAAGGCAAAAUACGCUAAAGAAGUGGAAGGAGAAAUAGGACCCAAAUUAAGAGACCGAAAACAAGUCUUUGACCUGAGAGACAAAUGCGAGCGCCUUGAAAAACUGAAGAGCGGGCUGACCAGGGAGAGAGCUGGUGAUAUUAAGAAAAUCUCAAAGAAAUCUGGAAAGACAGAGGAGCUCAUCAUCAGGAAACCGCAGGACAUCUCGACCAAACUGAAGGACAUGGUGUUCAAAAGGAAGUGGAGAGGGCCGUCCUCAAAAGCGUCCUCAUCAUCGGUCUCACCCAAUAAAACAAUUUCACUCAGGAGCACUCGACAGCCUGAGCCAAAGUCCCUGGCACCCGGCCUCAAGUUAAAGGUCGUAGCCACCCCAGUCCCCCACUCUAUCCCCCAAAAGCCUGCACCCCAACGACCCAAGACAAGGCCCAUCAUCACACCACCUUCCAGUAAACACCCCUCAAUGUGGCGUUCGCCGGGUGAAAGGACCAGACCUAACAUCCUGUCUCGCAGAAAAAUACAGACUGCCCCAGAUUCCCCACCAGUUCAUGCUGGGUUUCUCCCUCAAAUGCUGUCUAUAGUGGGUGGAGUGAUCACAUCUCAGCAGGUGAUCGCCAUGCAGUCUGCCCGUUCUCUGCUGCCGGUAGGACGCGUCACUGGAAUCGAAAUGCAACAGUCUCAAACACCAGGUGUCGCUUCGGUCACCAUCAUUAUCCCCUCAAUGUCCAAACCUGACGUCUCUCCUCAACGAGAUCUUCAUCCUCAACCAGCAGAUUACCACAGAUAACAACAGCAGCCCCUGAGGUCCUCCAGUGGUCUCCCGCAUACCACACACCGAGCCUGGGCAGAUGGGGACUGUGAGGGUACCCACACCUCCGACAGACAGGGUGCUACCACCACCAAAGACGGAGAAGGCAAUCAUCGGAGAUGGAAAUGACGAGCGUUCCCUCAGCCCCUUGUUCCUGAGACCGGAUGAGGACAAGGGCCAGGAAGAGACUUUCAAAGGCCCAGUUCUGCCAGUACCACAGGCAGAGGACCUUAAAGUUGGUUUUGGAUCUAACCUGAAACCAUCAGAGACUGCUUCUGUUUCUGCUCCUGCUGUCAAUGGGCACAGCCAACAAGCAAAAACAUGCACUACAAAAGUUCAAGAGGUACUGCAAAAAGCACUGACCCCGCCACUGCUGCUGCAGAUGAGGCCCAUGCCAAGACUAGACCCACGAUGACUAAAGAGCAACCCUCAGACAUAGAACUAAGCACCAACUCACUUAGGCCCAGGUCAACAUUGUAGCCAUCUCCUCAAUACCCCCUUUCACAUAGGCCGUAUUUUUGUUUAGUUUUAGAAGCGAUACUACCUAACGGUGCAUAUCGGAAAGACUGACAUAACUCCUGUCAGAACAGUGUCAUGUUUUUCUGUUCAAAUCUCUGUUAUCUACACCUGUAUUUAUGAAGUGUCUCAAUAAGAGUACAGAUCUAGAAUCUGUUUAACCUUUUAGAUCAUAACGAAUAAGCUCACAUGGAUCUGAUCCUAGAUCAACGCAUCUCUAAGACACUAUAAAUACAGGCCCUGAAUUGUUGCUUUUCUUUCCCUCAUUUUAAAGAGGAGAUGCAAUGAAUAUUGUAUAAUAAGCUGCCAGGACCUUGGUACAUUUAAGGGUGUCCAGUAUGUUCUGCCUUUAAGGGUUACACACAUCGCACCGAAUGUAGAUCUCCUGUCGUUUACCGCUUGUUGUUCAGCGAGCUGUUGACGUCUUCGCACGUUUUUAUAUGUAAAACCGGUUUGCACUCGGUUCACAAGUACUCUCAGCAGACAAACGCAAUUGGUGUGUUCGAGCCCUUAGAGUAUAUUAUUUGUUCUAUCAGAGCAAGAGGAUUUGUAGACAGACAUCUGAUGGUACGGAUGCCAGUUCUGUUCAUAGUACUGUUGUGUGUGUAUAGGGCCUCUGAAAAAAUCCUGUCUCCAUAUUGGAGUGGGAGAUCUCUGUUUCUUCAUGUUUGUAGUUACUUCACCUUUAAGGAACAUUUAAUCUGUAAUUAUAAUUUUUUUGUAUGGCACAAUGUUUUCUACACUAACUACUAACCGCUCAGUUUGCAGUGCAGACAACAAAUCUCAACAUAGAAAACCCUUGAUAAAUGUGAUCAUAAUAGGUCCCUGUAGGAUGGACAGGUCAUUGAAUCUGCAGCGCUUGUGACUUUCUUCUAAGAGCAGCUUCACUUCAGUGAUGUAUGUAAUAAUUAGACCCUGACAUUCACUAUAAUAUUAGUAGAAAUGACUAUGCAAGUGUCCCAAAUGGCACCCGAUUUCCUAUAUAGUGCCCUACUUUUGACCAGGGCCCUGAUCAAAAGUAGUGUACUAUGUAGGGAAUAGGGUGCCAUUUGAGAGAAUUUGUGUAUUUGAGGGAAAUGAAAGCUGUCGUUGCUGUAAUAAUUUUUAUGCUGCUAAGAGGUAAAGCUUGCAGAAUUAAAAGCCAGCCAUCUCGUUAAACUGCAUCAAGACGUGUUGGUUAGAACCAUAUAGUGUAGAUUGAAUUUCUGUAAAAAUAUAAACUCCAUUUUUUUUAAAUAAUAGGCCAUGUAAAUAAUUACGUUUUUCCACUUUGAGAACGAUGGUUGUUUUUUUGUAAAGAUAUUUCUCAUGUUUUUAUAUGGGGUCAAUAACUGUUACGUUUAGGAUGUUGACGUAAGAGAAAGGAAAGAUACCUUGAAAUAAAAUAUAAUAAUGAACAUCGGC